UAGGUGGCAACGUUACGUCACGGUGUGAGUAAUGCUGUCACACCAGGUCGAGGGUCGGGAUGAACAGCUGCCUUCCCUGAGAAGCAGUCCCACCGGCUUCGCUAUAUGAGGGCCAACUAUAGGUCCAAAUGGCGGAUGCUCGGGAAGAAAGGGAGAAUGAAAUGCUUGCUUUAGCAAGUAUUUACGACGAAGACGUUUUCCGCAGGGUUGAAUCUGAUGAUCAGGGUGAAGUACACUUGUGUCUGGAUCUUCCUUCGGAUUUCAAGUUGGUUUUCCAGGGAGUGGAGCAAACACAUGCUGUCUCUUUCUUACCUCCUAUUGUACUGAAAUUUGAGCUACCUGAGGAUUACCCAUCAUCUUCCCCACCAAUCUUUACACUGAGGUCCAAAUGGCUUCAAAGGACCCAGCUGUCAGCACUUUGCAAGCGCUUGGACGAGUUGUGGGAGGAGAACGAGGGCUGCGUCGUCCUCUUCACUUGGAUCCAGUUCCUGAAGGAGGAGGCGCUGGGCUUCCUGGAGAUCCAGUCGCCCCUUCUGGUGGUCACGCAUGGCAAGACUCAACACAAGAGCAGCGCCACGGGGUCAGGCACCAAGCCGGACGGCGUCACGCAAGAGGACACCCCAGACGGCUGUCUUGACCCCCGCGCCAUCGUCGACCUGGACCAUGAGCAUGACCUCGCUGCCCAGCUUCUCGACUUCAACGAAGAGCAGUGGCAGAAGGUGUUCAAUUUGAAGAUGUUGAACUGUGGCAUUUGUUUCAUGGAGAAACUGGGUGCAGAUUGCCUAUACUUCAAGAUUUGCAAUCACGUCUACUGCAAUGAGUGCAUGGCUGAGUACUUCACCAUCCAGAUUCGAGACGGAAAUGUUCAGUGCCUUUCCUGCCCUGAACCCAAAUGUACCUCUAUCGCCACGCCUGAACAGGUGAAAAAGCUGGUCGGAGAGGCCGAGUUUGCCCGCUACGACCGCCUCCUCCUGCAGUCCAGCCUCGACGGAAUGCCAGAUGUCGUGUACUGCCCUCGCUCGGCGUGCCGAGUAGCAGUGAUGCUGGAGCCGGAGACCAAGUUGGCCAUCUGCCCGGCCUGCAAGUUUGCCUUCUGCCACGUGUGCAACAGGGGCUACCACGGCGUGUCUGCCUGUGAAGCUAAGAUCGAGGACCUGUUAGCCUUGCGUGAUGAAUACCUCAGUGCCAGCCCCGACGGCAAGGCGUUUAUGGAGCAACGCUACGGGAAACAUGUGAUCCAGAGGAUAGUGGAGGAGUCCUACAGCAGCGAGUGGCUGAAGGAUAACUGUAAAGGCUGCCCUUUCUGUGGCACAAACAUACAGAAAGUCGAUGGCUGCAACAAGAUGACUUGCAGCAGCUGCAAGCAAUACUUCUGCUGGAUCUGUCUGAAUAUGCUCCCCAGAGCGGACCCCUAUGCCCACUUCAGCAACCGCGCCUCACCCUGUUUCAACCAGCUGUUUCAAGGAAUGGAUGUGGACGACGCACAAGACGAAGGCUUUUGGAUCGACGAAGAUGAGAUUUAGGAUCUCUGUCCCUCACUCUUUGUGGAUACACUAACUGCACUUUACCCAGUGUGCCAGAGUUGGGUUUCACAAAGCAAGCUAAGCAAAUCGCUCACAUGGAGUUGAACAAGAAAAAGACUUUGAGUUCAAGCCAGGAUUAUUUUAGUUACCUUUGUGAGACUCUUCCCUCUAAUAUCCAGGUGUGUUCCCAGACUAUGUUGCUGCUCCUCAUUUUCUGUAUGUUUUUUUUUUGUUUUUUUUGGUAUGAAUGGUAAAAUAUCAUGUUAAAGCUGAGGGAUGUCUUUGGAGUAAAUCAAGUUUUAUAAUAGUGGUUAAGGCGGAAUGUCAUGCUUUGUGACCGACUAUACUGUUACCCAGUUGUCUGUUCAGACUGCAUUGGUAAUGUUCAGAUUCAGAACACAAUCAAUAUCUGAUUUGGGUCAACAUAUUUUAUUUUUUCCAAAAAGUUAUCAUGUGAUCAAGAACGAAGGGAAUAAUGAUUUUGGUCAUACAUGCGUGAUUGCUUCAUGAGUUAUCCUUUCAAUGAGCUAUAUGCAAAUAUAUGUUUCUGUAUUUUCAGGGAUGUUGUGCUUCAAACAUGAAGUAAAUCCAAAUGAAAUGUUAGAAAUGUCUGUGUCAUUUGCAUUUAUUCAUUGUUGUUUCAUACAGGCACAUGCUGUUUGUUACAGUGUGUGUGAUUGAAAGUAAAAAG